AUGAUCCUGUACAAGGCAGACGACGACCUGAUGUGCAAAGUGUUUGCAAUGACUCUGGGAGAAGCAGCUCAGGACUGGUUCUGUACUCUACCGUCCGCGUCGAUACGCAAUUUCAAGAAGUUAGCCCGCAUCUUCACAAAGGAGUACACCUCUUACAAGAUGGUCAGAAAGCAUGCAGACCACCUGUUCAACCUGCGUAAGAAGCCAAACGAGUCUCUUCGAGACUACCUCAGACGGUUUAAGGCUGAGAAGGCGAACAUCAUAGGAUGCAAUCACCAAGUUGCAUCCUUAGCUUUCAAGAAAGGCUUGCCAACCGAGCACGAGUUAUACCGGGAGCUGGCCAUAACUCCAAGCCAAACCUUAGCAAAAGUCUUUGAGACUGCCGAGCGCUACGCACUUUGGAACAAUGAUCAUAUUGCCGCGAAGAAAGCUAGCAAGCAAGUUGAUCACCUGAUAAAGCAAGCAAGCCAAAAGAGUAACAAGUUCGAGCAUAAAGCCCAGGACAAGCGCAUAUCGCGACCCCAAGAGGGAGGCUCUGAAACAGAAACCUUCUCUGAGUUCACUAUCCCCAUCAACCAGAUCCUGGCACAAGUGAAGGAUAAGCCGUGA